UGACAUUCGUGUAUUCAGUGACAUUCUUUUUGGUCGAGGUGUUACGCGAUUUCGAGUGGUCGAAAAAAAUCAAAUUUUAUAUUAAAUUUACCAUAGUAUAUGAUUUGAUAAAGGAAAAAAAUGUUGCGUACACUUUCUAGAUGCAGCGAAUUGCCAGUCGUGGCGAAACAAUUGCAAAAAAGUGCCGCCCAAUCUGGUGUACAAAAAUCGAACAAAUAUGCAACAGAGGCGACCAUACAAGUGAAUCGCCCAUUUAAAUUGCAUAGACUUGAUAAAGGCCCCGAAUCAACCGUCACACUGACCAAAGAGGAUGCAACAUCGAAACUGCCGCUGGUAAUUUGUACAAGGAAAAAAUCAUUCGCGGUUUCUGUCACUUGUACUCUGGACAGGAGGCCUGCGCCGUUGGUAUGAAAGCCGCCAUGCGUGAACAGGAUAACAUAAUCUCUGCUUACCGUGUGCACGGUUGGACCUAUUUAAUGGGCGUCUCACCUGUGGGUGUGCUCGCUGAGCUGACUGGUCGCCAGAGUGGUUGUGCCUUGGGUAAAGGUGGCUCUAUGCACAUGUAUGCGCCCAACUUCUAUGGCGGCAAUGGUAUUGUAGGCGCACAGGUGCGUCAGAUACAUGCAUAAUUCA